UUUUAGUAAAGCACGGGGCAGAGCAAAGUAGAGUAGAUCUCAGCAGAGCAGAGUAGGGACAGAGCAAAAUAGAGCAGAUUUUAAUUGAACAUAGCAUAGGAGAUUAGCAGCUCUAAAUAACAUGACUUUAGAGAUCCAUGUCUAUUCUCAUUAUCUAACACUUUACACUUGCUUUUGUUAUGUGGCUCUCGAAAAAAACACACACAAAAGUUAAAAAAGAAAAAAAAAAGUUUUGUGACACACUCACACAAAACACUACCGUUGAGAAUAGCCUCUUACCAUUUCAAUUCUCCUCUUUUUUGAAUUCCAAAACAGCCUUUCCCUCUUUCUCUCUCUCUCCUCACACUCUUUCAGUCUGUAAUCAAUCCCUUGUAAAAUUCCUCUAAUACUCUCCAAAAUGAAUCAAUACCACGUUUACGAAGCUAUUGGCCAUGGAAAACACUCGGCUGUUUAUAAAGGAAGGAAGAAGAAGACGAUCGAGUAUUUUGCUAUUAAAAGCGUUGAUAAAUCUCAAAAGAGCAAGGUUCUUCAAGAAGUCAAGAUCCUUCAUGCUCUAGAUCACCAAAAUGUGCUGAAAUUUUAUUCAUGGUAUGAAACUUCAGCUCACUUAUGGUUAGUAUUAGAAUAUUGUGUCGGAGCAGACCUUAUGAGCUUACUGCGACAGGAUGAGCAUCUUCCAGAAGAUUCAAUACACGACCUAGCCACUGACAUUAUCAAAGCUUUGCUGUACUUACAUUCAAAAGGAAUCAUCUACUGUGACUUGAAACCAUCCAAUAUUCUGUUAGAUGAGAAUGGCCAUACAAAGCUCUGUGAUUUUGGAUUGGCCAGAAAGUUAAGUGAUAUAUCAAAAACUCCUUCAUCCUCGCUACCACAAGCGAAGCGUGGAACACCUUUUUACAUGGCUCCAGAGCUUUUUCAAGAUGGGGGUGUGCACUCUUAUGCAUCUGACCUUUGGGCUCUUGGUUGUGUCUUGUAUGAAUGCUAUGCUGGGAGGCCUCCCUUUGUGGGAAGAGAAUUUACCCAACUAGCAAAAUCUAUACUCUCAGAUCCAACUCCACCUCUUCCAGGUGACCCCAGCCGUCCUUUUGUCAAUCUGGUGAAUUCUCUAUUGGUGAAAGAUCCAGCAGAAAGGAUACAAUGGACAGAGCUUUGUGGACAUGCAUUUUGGGGAACAAAAAUUUCCUUGGUUCCCUUGCCUCCUCAGCCAGCAUUUGAUAACAUGAUUGGGAUUACACCUAGACCAUAUCUCACGGAACGCAAUGGUGAAAGACAUCCCCAUGGAAGAACUCCCCCAAAAUCUCAUGAGAAAGAAAUCAAAGGAUGCUCCAAACAAGAUGAGAACAGUAAUACAGGGUCUAGAGGCAUUGGAACGCCUGUUAAAGGUACCACCAGUGGUCGCAAAAUUCAAACGAAGAGUGGAAGGGUAGCGGAUGAUAAGGAAACCAAUCCUUCAAGUGCAAGGGGUGUGAAUAUUCUCCGUCUUUCAAGAAUAGCUAAAUCGAAUCUACAAAAAGAGAAUGAGAAGGAAAAUUAUCGGAGACCUUUGGCUAAUAAUGUACAGAAUGAUGCUGAGAUCAAAAUAGAGAACACUGAUAUGGAACUUGACUUUAAUGAGAAUGAUGAUGAAGAGACUCAAGAUGAGCCUGACGCAUCUGAUAACUUUUCUUCUACUCCCGAAGGAAACAAUUCAACUUCAGAUCAGAAUCAGGGAAUUGAAGAGGAGUCUUAUGUAUCUAAUGUAAGUAAUGAUAUCAGAACACUCGAGGAACCUUCUUCAGAUCACACCAUAUCGGCUACACCACCCAGUGCCAGCCCUCAGUCUAAAAAUCCAAGGGGUAAGGUAGCUGUGGUGCCUGCAACGGAAUCUGAAUCUCCAACAGCUUCAAAUGAGCUUUCUGAUGUGUUUUGGCAUCCAUCUGAUCUUUCAGUCAGACCUGUUAUGCCCAGCAGAAAAGCUACUAAAGUAUCUGAAACGAUUCCUUCUCUUCCAUUUGAUGCACUGCCAGCUUCUGUGUUUGAGAAGAUAUCUAAAGACCAAUUUGACGCUUUCACCAAUAAGAUUGUAACCAUUUUUAAUGGGAAUGCCAAUUUUGGAGAGAAGCAGAAUACAAUCCGCUACCUUGAGACAUUAAGCAACAAUGCUGAAGUUGCUAACAUGAUUACAAAUGGACCUGUAAUGCUGGUUCUUAUCAAACUCCUAAGACAUUCUAAAGCUUCAUCUUUCAGAAUCCAGCUAGUUUCUCUUAUUGGGCUGUUGAUUCGACAUUCUACAUACAUUCAAGACGAGUUGGCCAAUUCUGGAUUAAUCAGCUCAUUAAUUGAUAGCCUUAGUGACAGACAAGAAAAGGUGAGGAGAUACUCAAUGGCUGCUUUGGGUGAAUUGCUGUUCUACAUAUCCACUCAAAUUGAUCAGACUAAAGACAGAGGUACGGAAAAUCAGCAUAAGGACGGCCGCUCUGCAACUGGGUGGCAGGUUCCAAAUGCAUUGAUUUCCCAUGUUGUCUCAAUGUGGCGCAAGGGGGAGGAUGAUGUAACCCAAGUGUAUGCAUUAAGAACUGUGGAAAAUAUCUGUAGCCAAGGAGCACAAUGGGUAGCUCGUUUUACCAGUCAAGAUGUUAUUAGUAAUCUUUGCUACAUAUUCAGAGCUGUAGGCAAACAAGAAAGUGCGAGAUUAACUGCUGGCUCAUGUUUAGUGCGCUUGGUUAGGUUUAAUCCCCCCAGUAUUCAAUCAGUAAUUGAAAAGCUCUCAUUCAAGGACAUUGCAGCUGCUCUUGUAAAAGGCAGUCAACGUGAGCAACAAAUAAGUCUGAACCUAUUAAACAUGGCCAUGAUUUGUAGUCAUAUGUUUACUAAUAUAGGCCGUUACCUUAUGCCUUUAGUAGAGGAUAAGAAUCUGGUUCCAAGUCUAGUUUCUCUCAUAGAGCAGGGUAAUGAUGUCUUAAGAGGAAAAGCUCUUGUAUUUGUGGCCUUGCUUUGUAAGUCUUCUAGACGGUGGUUGCCUCAUUUUUUUUGCAAUGCAAAAUUUCUCUCCACAGUGGACCGUCUCAGUAAAGAAAAGGAUGGUUACAUUCAUCAGUGUCUGGAUGUGUUUUUGCAUACUGUGGGUGGUACAAUGCCAGGUUUGCUGGAUACAAUUAGCAAUGACAUUCAGCAACUUAUGGGGGGUAGACGCCACGGUCAUGUUGCUGCUCGAGCUACGCCAAAAACAAAUAUUCAUUUGUUUCCAGUUGUCCUUCAUCUUCUAGGAUGUUCGUCCUUUAAACGCAGAGUUGUCUGUGAUCAGGUCCUGCAGCACUUGGCAACCUUGGUCAAGCAUGUGGAGUCUCCAUUUCAGGGAAGGGAUGACUUUCAAAUAACACUCCUCCGAGUUCUUGAGUCCAUUGUGGAAGACCAGUCUCAUGUCCUUAAAUGGCCUAAUGUUUUUAUCCGUGAAAUUCUCCCAAGCUUAUCUGUUAUUUACAAAGGGAACAAGGAUGGUGAUGCAAGAUUUUUGUGCUUAAAGAUUUUGUUUGAUGUGAUGGUCAUUUUCUUGGAGGAACAAUCAAAAGAUGAACAGCAAUAUGAGGAAUUGAAGUCCAUAUCCUUAAUGCAUUUCUUGCCUCUCUAUCCCAUGUUUGUUGAGGAUGAGGACCCCAUUCCAGUAUAUGCUCAAAAGCUGCUUCUGAUGCUUAUCGAGUUUGAUCACAUCAAGAUAUCAGACAUCUUACACAUGAAGACAGUCCAGCGGUGCUUUGAAUUCCUUCUUGGGGAUCUAGCAAGUGCAAACGUGAACAAUGUAAAGCUCUGUCUGGCACUGGCAUCUGCUCCAGAAUUAGAAACAAAAAUCCUCUCUCAACUUAAAGUGGUUCGCGUAAUUGGUAACCUUCUGGAGUUUGUGAGUGCAAGAGAAAUGGAUGAUUUUAUGGAACCAACUCUUGGCUUAUGUAGGGCUUUCCUUUUGCGUUCGGUAUAUAAUACAAAAGGGUCCACUUAUUCCGAAGAACCAACUCUUCUGUCGGAUUUCUCUGCUGAGGCCAGCAUUCCUAUAGAUCAGCAGCAGUACAUAAGAGAUAUUGCUGAUUUUGGCGGCAUUGUUGGUGUGUUACUGGAAUUGAGUAGGUCUCAUGAUCCAAAUAUUGCUGAUAUAGCAUCUGAAUGUGUGGUCUUGCUGCUAAGGGUGGCUCCAAGAGAAGGCACUACUAAUUUCCUCACCAAUCUUCCCAAGGUUGGUGCUAUCCUCGAGUCCUGGCAGCAGGGAAUUUCUAACUUAUUGGUGCAGCGAGUGCUACAUGCUCUUGGUUUCUCCUGCAGGCAAUACUUUUCGCAUGCUAUGAUAUUAUCGAUGGCUGGUUCAGAGAUAUCUAAACUCAAAAUCAUUGUAUCUGAGAUUAAGAAAUCAAGUAUAUCUGCACUAGUAGGUGCAGCUUCUAUUGUAGCCCCUGAGUUGGAUCGGCUUCCUCGCUGUCAUUAAAUUCAAGCUUUUUUAGAACUCUUUCGUGUUAGGGCAAUUUUUCUAAUCUGGCUUUACGUGUAUUCAUUUUUGCUUGAAUUUGGGGAAAAUGUCCCUUACUGAAGAUUACCUUAUUGUCAUUCGAGUAAAUAAUAUGAAUCUUAGUAUAUUUUUGUAUGCCAAUCUGAAUAUGCUAUAUGAAAUUUGAUAUCAUUAUUUU